CACAAACCAACCUUGAAACAACAACUUACUACCAUCUUGUUCACAAUGGCUUCUUACCUUAUUACUGGUACCUCACGAGGCAUUGGCCUGGCUCUCACUGAGAUUCUUGCUUCCAAGCCUGCCUCAGAGGUGUCUGUUGUCUUUGCCGCAACCCGUACAGAAACCAAUGCCCUCAAGCAGCUAGUCUCUCAGUCUGCUGGCCGUGUUCACCUUGUCAGGAUUGAUGUGACAGAUGAAGAGAGCGUCAAAAAGGCUGCAGCUGAGGUUCAGCAGUUGCUCAAUGGCAAGGGGCUGGAUAUUCUCAUUAAUGGUGUUGGUAUCAUGAACUACACUCCUGGUGGAAUUGAGACUAUGACGGAUCUCGACUCGUCAUUUAGAACUAAUGUCACCAGUGCCCACCUGAUGACUAGUGCCUUCCUGCCACUGCUGAAGAAGGGUAACGUCAAGAAAGUUGCCAACAUCUCCACGACCCUUGGCUCUAUUGGCAUGGCUCCCAGAUAUGCAAUUUUCCCUGUCCCGGCAUACAAGGUCUCCAAGGCUGCCCUGAACAUGUUAACUGUGCAAUAUGCCCAGUCCUUUGCAGACCAGGGCUUCACAUUCCUCACCAUCUCCCCUGGAUGGGUCAAAACCAAUCUUGGCGGUGACGCUGCUGAUCUGACAGUUGACCAGAGCUCUAAAGCUGUCCUGGAUAUUAUUUCUCAUGCAACCACUGCAGAGAAUGGAAAGUUCUUUAACAUUCUGGUACCUGGGUGGGAGAAGGCAGAGGGUCUCAACCAGUAUGAUGGUCAACAGCCCCCAUGGUAA